CUGUUAGUUCUGAUCAUCUACUUCUUUUUCUGCUGAUUGUCCAUCUAUGAAUGUAGGUUGUCAAACACAACUGUUAGCCAGUCAUACCAGUGGGUGUUUACUUCCAAGUCUACAAUCCAACAUGCAUGUUCAAACAGAGUGUUAAUAUGAGGGGGGUCAAAACAAGAACAGAAAAUAGCUCAUUACUUCUAAAGUAUGAAAAAAAAAACCCUCAGAGAUCAGUACAAAAUAAUUAAAAAGGCAGUUCAUGACCAAGUUAAUGGCAGUUCAGUUCAUGAUAAGGACUAAAAUUGGACAUUUAGCAUGUCUAAACAUUCCAAACAUACAAGCCAAAGAAAAUGAACCUGCUUUUAGACUUAUAUCUUCUGAAUGCAAAAUCCUAAUGCAACAAAAGUACACAAAGAUUCACAUAGACCAGAGUAUAUUCAUAGGAUGCAUGUCAGGACAUGUCAGAUUCUGCCCAUAAGAGGGUGCUACUACUUUUCAGAAUAGCAUGUAUUUCUGUAAACUGGUUUAUCAAAACUUUUCUUGUCAGUGGAGUUUCAAAACUGUUGAAUUUGCAGUAAAGCACGUAUAUUUUAAAAGAUACAUGGCAAUUGUAUCACCUAAUGCACAUAAGCCAUUGGUGCUUGGACCUUGAUGAUUGUCAUUUGCAGCUACAUUUUUGUUGUUGUUGUUUUACAAACUAGUUUGUAGUCAUUACAUUUAUUGCAGCAGUUGUGGUUGCAUAUGCAGAUCAUAAUGAGAUCAAUAUUCUGUUUCAUAAUGAGAAACAUGAAACUUCAUGUGACACACCAACAUAGGGGAAAUACAUUGUGUCAUUAAAACAGUGAAAUAUAAAACACAAAACAAAGACCUGCUGAGUCAAUUGAGUUCCAGUGGAUGGGGCUCUUGAUAAACCUGUGCAGAGUCUCUGACGGAGGUGGAGGUGGAGCAUCUACUUAGAGUAUAAAUGUGCUGUUCAUGAAACACUUUCAUUGUAGCAGAAACAACAGACCACAGAGACUAAUAGGCUAAAAUGGAGGAGCUGACAAUCGUUCUGUUGGGUAAGCAAGGAGCAGGGAAGAGCGCAUCAGGAAACACUCUUCUAGGUUUCCAUCCAUUUCACACAGUGCCCAGCUCAGAGCGGGUCACUCGAGCCUGUUCAAUGAGCAUGUCCACUGUGGACAAGCAAAAAAUCACAGUGAUUGACACACCUGGAUGGUGUGAUUCUUCUCAGAUUGAGACUAAAAUGAAGCAGCAUAUCACUGAUUUUGUCAUCGCGUGCAAGCCAAACGUGUUUCUCUUACUGCUGCCUAUUGGCAGAUUUACCAAAGAAGAGAUAAACACAGUCAUGAAUAUCCUGCAGGAGUUCGGGGAUGAAGUCACCAAAUACAUGAUUGUGCUGUUCACCAAAGGAGAUGCGCUGGAGGAAAGACCUAUUGAAGACUACCUGAAAGAACUUCACUCAAAUCUGCAGGAAAUCAUUAAGAUUUGUGGAGGAAGAUAUCAUGUCUUUAACAACAGAAACAAAGAAGAUCGCCAACAAGUCUCUUUACUUCUGAAAAAGAUGAACGAGAUGGUGAAAAAAAAUGAAGAAAAACGCUACACUGAAGCUAUGUAUAACAAGAACAAGACACAGCAUAGAAAUGAAGGAGAGAAUUCAGUGCUAAAAAAUAGAAACCAAGUGAGCAGCUGUGAUGCUGAUAGAAAAGAGAAAGGAGAGAAAGGAGAAAAAGAAGAAGAAGAAGAAAAGGGAAAAGGAGAAACAUUGGAUGACACAAUAGACCUUGAAACGUUAAACCGGAAGAUAGAUAAGAUGACUAAAACCAUCCAAGCGACUGAAAUAAAGCUCCUGAAAGAGAUAAACCAGCUGAGGGAAGGGUUACAGCAACUGCAAAGAGAGUUGAAAACAACACAAGAAGAACUUGCCAUUAAAAAACAUACACUGCAUCAGAAUGAACAAUCACAAUAACUCAAAAAAUCCAGUAAAUGAUCAUUUGAAGUAUCUCAAAUGCGCAAGUAAAUUUUGUGAAAUAAAAUUUUGAAUCUUUGAUCAUAUACACAUUUUAAAAAAUAAUGCAACAUUUAAUAAAAAAUAAAUAAAUAAAUACAAAUCUGGUCCACUGAUCCCAGAUGAUGAUAAUCAUGAGCCAUCAAAAAUUUGAUUCAAGCUUUGUUUAAGGUUUUUUUUCAGUGAUUUUGUUUUAU